AUGGAUUCUUUGAAGUUACCCACAAACGCCGCCGCUGCUUCUGUCUUCACCGCUCCUGGCUCUUUGUCUCUUCCCCAAGGGAUUGAUUCUGAUGCAAACGGAAUGAUCAAGAAGGACGAAGGUGAGAUUGGCGUGAAGGAACCCAACGAGAAUGACGAUGAUAGUGCUAUGUCUGGCAUUGUUCCCACUCUACAGAAUAUCGUCGCCACAGUCAACUUGGACUGUCGUUUGGACUUGAAGACCAUUGCAUUGCAUGCUCGUAAUGCCGAGUACAAUCCAAAGCGUUUUGCCGCAGUGAUUAUGAGAAUCAGAGAACCUAAAACCACUGCCCUUAUUUUCGCUUCUGGUAAGAUGGUUGUCACUGGUGCCAAGUCCGAGGACGACUCCAAAUUGGCGUCGAGAAAAUAUGCACGUAUCAUCCAGAAGUUGGGUUUCAAUGCCAAAUUCACUGACUUCAAGAUCCAAAACAUUGUUGGUUCAUGUGAUGUCAAGUUCCCAAUUCGUUUGGAAGGUUUGGCCUUCUCGCACGGAACUUUCUCGUCUUAUGAACCCGAGUUGUUCCCUGGCUUGAUUUACAGAAUGGUUAAGCCAAAAAUUGUUCUUUUGAUUUUCGUUUCCGGAAAGAUCGUCUUGACAGGUGCAAAGCAAAGAGAGGAGAUUUAUGCUGCUUUCGAAGCUAUCUAUCCUGUGUUGAGUGAAUUCCGUAAAUCGUAA